CUUAUCAAAGGGCUUCCGAGUUUUAAACCAAUAUGGCGCUAAAGUUGAAAACAUUGUGAAUGUGGUACAGCAUCAUCAGAUAUGAAGUGAACAGUAGUCAGAUGUAAUCAAAGGGAAAACAACUGACGAUGGCAACGUCUAGUAAAACAGAUUUAUUUGUGUUUGGUGCCCAUGGCCAGAAACCUUUACACGAACACGUAACUCCUCACAAGGUGGCACUACUGGCUCUGAUAUUCGAGUACUGUGAAAUGAAGAAAAGAGACACAACAGUGCCGAUGGUCGGCAUAGGUCAUCAGUUACCAGGAUACAUGUAUCAGAAAUUCACCGAAACUGAGAAACGGGACUUCAUGACCUCAAUUUUGAAAUUAUUACAGAGCCCAGAUUUGUCAUUAAAGGAGUUGCUAGAACAAGUACAGUCUAUCCUACAGCCAACACUGUUGGAUAACUUUACAGACAGAUUGCGAGAAUUCUACAUGGAAGGUGUAUUGCCAUUUAUGGACUUUUUUCAAGAAUUACAGAGAAUUUUACAACCCAGUGAAUCCUUACCUGAUCCCGUCAUUGUUGGCAGCAGUGUACUAGGUUUAUUCCUUCGGAGGAUGAUACAUGCUUUUGACAAGUUAUCGUUCAGCCAGGUGACGAAGCUGUAUACUCGAUACAAAGAUUACUAUGAGGCUUUCAAUACCCCUCUGGCUGCUGAGGAAAGUGAUAACUUCGGCGGCUCCCUCAUCGACUCCAUCACUAGUCAAUGUGGCCUUGGCAAGCUUACACGGAGUGGACUGGCUAAGUCAUAUGACCCCAGUAACCUUGGGGAAGGAAAGUUUGGUGAAUUUGAAGGAGGAUUUUACUCUCACAAACAAGCUGAAUAUUUCAUCUCCAGACAGGGGUUCCUGCUCCAACACAACGAGAGUGAAGCGUUACCUCCAACAAAACUGCAGGACAAAAUAACAGACAUGUUAAAAUCUAACCCAGACAUCGCAGAGGCGCAUUUCCUGAGUUACCUGAACAACCUACGAGUUCGUGAGUACUGUACUGCCGUACACAACCUGUACCACUACUUUGACCGUAACAAUACCCUCUCGGGAGGUAAUGCCAUGCAGGUUAGCAGUAAAAACCGUGAAGAGGACAACAUCAGCAGGAGAUAUGCUGCUCUCAACCUCGCUGCUCUACACUUCCGAUUUGGACACAGAGACGAGUCCCUGGCUGCCUUACGUGAAGCUAUCAGUAUGGCCCAGGAAACGAACGACCAUGUUUGUCUACAGCACGCAUUGAGUUGGCAACACAGAAUAGAGGAGCCAGGUUCAGCCAGAACGGCCAGUCUGAUGGCACAGUCUAUAGGGAAAAGUCUCGAUCUCUCUCUCCCAAAUAUCACAUCUCUCGGAAUUCAAGCACUUGCCCGCCACAAUGCUUUUGCUACUGCCAAGCCUGCAAGUGUAUUUGACUUUUUGCUGAAGAGUGACAUAUUGAACUGCCAACAUUCCCAGUCCCACUUCAUGUGUGUGAGUUAUGCCCAGAAAGGAGCACUGUGGAACUUGUAUGGCAAAAGAGAGAACUCCUCCAUGUCUAGUCAGCUGGUUCUAAAUCUAGACACAUCAGACAGCGGUAUUUACCACAAUGGCGAGUCGGUGUGUAUCUCGCUGUGCGACAUGGCCAGACACUUCUCUGAUCAGGGCCACUACACUGCCGCCCUGGAAAUCAUCAACACAGCCAAACAGAGGUUCCCCUCACACACACAGCAUGCCCAUAUAUGGAUGUCAUGUGAACAAGAGAUCCAGUUUGAUAAAACACUUCUCAAUAGAAAUUGGACAGCAACUGACCAGGCUGUCAACAAUCUCCGUGGGCUGGACGAGGAUGAGGCUUGUCUUAGGAGUGCCAUACUGAACAAAGAGAAAGGAGACAUACCCACAGCCCUGAAUUCCCUCCACAACUUGAUGGAGAAGUACCGACAAAACCAGUCUAAAUAUACACCAGACUACCCAUGCAGAGUGCUACUGACAUUGGCUGAGCUCUAUAUACAAACAGGAAACCACACUUCAGCUCUGUCUCACGUCCUCGACUGUCUCACCCACGCUAAAGAGCACCACCUCCAGUACAUCAUUGCUAUUGCUACAGUACACCUGGCCUUCGUCCAGUUUCAGAUGAAGCUGCCAGAGCAGGCCCUCAAGCUGUUGCACACACAGAUGGUCCAGAUUCUGUCCCAUGGUAGUGUGUAUGACCAGGCUCGUACUAUGUACUGCUAUGCCCGCUGUCAGGUAGCUGCCAAUUCAAAUAGUCCCCCAAAGGAACGCAAAACAGCGUUGCUGCUAGCCGUCAACAUGAUUGCCACUACUGUGAUAGAGAAGUUUAAGAAAAUUGAUGCGUCAUUACGAGUGAAGGAUGCUACGUAUUACCUAGCCAGACUGUACAAUGAACUGGGAUAUACGUCGGAGCGUAACAAGUGUGCCUAUCAGUUCCGACAGUUAGACCUCCAGUAUCCUACACAAAACAGAGUCAUAGUCAAUGCAUUAUGAUAGGAAAUGACAUUGUAUCAGCAUUUACCUUCAUUCCUGGAUUUUCACAUCAUCAAAGACUUUUUUCUGGGGUUGGGUGGGUGCAGUACAUUACAAGAACUACAAACAUCUUUUCUCCUGGAGCUGGAUCCUUGUUUACAUUCAAAAGUGUGUAAAAAAACAUGGCCUCCUGAUUAUGAAGACUUUUUCUAAAAAUUUAUGAAAAUGGUUAAGAGAAAAUAAAAACAAGAAAAUAAUUUAUCUGUUAAAUUCUUUUAUUUUUCAUGAUGUCAUAAUAUUGAGUUCAAUAGUUUUUAUAUUUCAGACAAAUAUUAGAUCACACUGACUCUCACCCAUUGAGGCAUCAAGAAGUAGGGAAAAAUAGUGUAAACAGAUUUAUUUUAGCACCCAAAUUUCUGGGCAAAAUCUAAUUAAGCGGAAGGCUUUCUAUGCGAAAAGCGCCGAAAUAAGAACAGCGCUAAAUAUGUACAUUUACAAUAUACAAUAUUUUACCAGAGUACUCCGCAAUUAGUAGCAGUCUGUACGAGCCAGUAACGGUGAGGCCCAACUCCUGGCUAGACUCGGAGAUGAAUCAAAUCUCUCCUUGAUGUUUGAGAAUUCAGUUAGCUUUCAAAAACUUCAAUUAAUGAAGAAUUAUUUUUUAAUUUAAAAGUACUUUCUGGAUGCCCCAAUAACCAUUCAUUUCAAGAAAUAAUCAAACAACUUUCCUUUCUCUUCAACAUACAUUCCAGCUAUCAACACAUAACAAUAUAGUUCUGUUCGUAACAUCAAUAUAUGGCAUAGGUGUGUAAAAAAAAAUCAGAG